ACUGAUUGAAAAUCUAUUUCCGCGUGGCCCCCGGCGAAAAGACACUCGCGUUCUAGCAUCCGCAGCUGAGGAGAGGACCAGGGACGAGUCUGUAGCACUGUCCAGGGAUCAUGGACCUCUCUAUACUCUGUCUGACUGCAGUUCUCUACGUAACGUCUCAACAGUGCAGGGCUGAAAGUGGAUCCGGGAUGAGUCCAGUGGACGUAGGGCCACUAAUGCCUGAAUCCAGUCUUGACACAACUGAGGUUAUUUUUAGAACAGGAGAUAUUACAUCAUCAUUGGUGGUGAUGUCAUCAACUCCCAUCAUGAUGUCAUCAGUGGUUCAAUUACCAACGACGUCGCCACCUCUAGUGGGUGUGGUCACAUCUGUGGCACCACCCGAGACAAUUCCUGUUGCCACGAAAACCAGAGUUGUAUCCACGGCAACAAUACAGCAAUCAGUUUCAUUGCCAUCAUCGCCUGUGGUCGAGACGCCCUCUCAGUCGUCCACUAGAGAUGAUGUCGCUGAAACGGAAACAACUGCUGUUGCCGUGCCAACAACACUCAUUACCACUACAUCCGUACUAGCUCCACCCCCUUCCUCUGCUCCUCGUCCAUCGUCAUCUUCAACAGAACAGACAUCUUCAGAACCCCCUGGUGGUGUGUUUACUUCAUCGCCCGUGGCAACAACAAGUCCCUCCCACAUCCCUGCUACUAUAUCGUCACCAUUAGCAACAGAGCCACACCCACCAUUGUCCCUCUCUCUGUCAUCGUCUCCAUCAUUAACCCCAUCCCCACCAGACACCCCGAAUAGCGACGAUUCCAGUGAUGAUGGGGUUAUUACUGCAAUCUCCAUCGUUGUGUUCCUGCUCCUACUGAUCGUCGCCAUAGCAAUUGUUGCCGUGGUGAUUGCUCUCCUGAUAGCCAGGAAGAAGAGAAGAACUCACACGUACUAUACGGCAGGUGUGAGUGGGAACAAGUUCCAUCACUACAUUGAUGUUCAGGUGCGUACAGACGAGGAGAUGAGAGAAAAGACACCAGAUUCCAAAGACCUCCCCAUCUUCGAGACCAGUUUCGUUGGGAACGACUCGACGACCGUGUUCAAUGAACCUCUUGGUACCACACUCACUUUCAAAGGCGAACUGACUGCCGCACUGAAGGCACGGACCAAGAAGGGUGACCCCUCCGUUGCCAACGGCGACCACUUGCACCCCAGAGAGGAAUGAUGUCAUCUUGUUGUCAUGGCAAUGCUUUAUCACGUUACACAUGUUGUUUUUCCUGCACUUUAUAGGCUAGACCAUCGCUCUUUUUCAUCAUCAUCUGCACAUUGUGUGUUGAUUGAAUACUUUGUAAAAUGAAAUGUUGUGUUGUUUUAUAUGUGAUGUAAAGUUUUCAAUUAAUUAUGUGUGUUUUUUGUUAAAAAUCUAAUCAAAAAGGAUUAUAAUGCAGCUGGAUAAAGGAUAAAGUGGGCACUCUUUUCACAAUACGCUAUUUGUACAUGUCUCUCCAUUUUCAGUCUCAAUGUCAGUCUUUUCCUCUCCAUUCUCCCCCUUCUCAACUCCACAGCGGCCAUAAGCAACAUUCUUCUUCAUUUCAUCAUCUGCUGACCUUUAGCAUAGCGGAAAUAAUCAUCAUCUAAUGAGUACACCUUUCUUUCCCCAACAACAGCUCUUCCAAAUAAGGACACCUCAUUAAUAAUUAUGCACACCCUUCUUUAACCUUUGGUGAUAGUAACAACUUAACCCAUUUUAAGCUGAACAUACGUGGGCAAAGAGGGGUUUAAAUGCUGAACAUAUAUACAUGGGCAAAGUGGGGUUAAAUGCUGAACAUACGUGGGCAAAGAGGGGUUAAAUGCUGAAUGUACGUGGGCAAAGAGGGGUUAAAUGCUGAACAUACAUGGGCAAAGAGGGGUUAAAUGCU